AUGGAUGAAUUUAACUUCUCAAACGAAGAUGUCGUGUUGGCCGAAUGGGAAGACAAACUGUUUUACGCGAAAAUUCAGAAAAUUGACCGGGUUUCUGGAAAGUGUAGUCUAAUCUUCGACGAUGAUUCUGUUGAGGAAUGUCCGUUCUCCAAGAUUCACAGUGGUUCGUCUUAAUUCUUCCAAUCUUGUUUCUCUUUUCAAUCAAGGAGAUAGUAGCGUUUAUAUCGAUAGAAUCCGGCCAAGGUUUCGUCAUGUAUGACACACAGAGUUCUCGGAUUUGUUCUCGGUGUCUUCAUGUGGGAAGCAAUUAGCAAGUUUUUAUUUUCUGUCCUGAUAAAACUUCCCUCGCGUAAUUUUGUAGGAAAAGCGUAAUUGGAUUUCUUUGUCCUCGCUAACGCUUCUCUCUGAUUCCUCGCAGUGACAGAAACGACGGCAGAAAUUGUAUGUAUUAUUUGCAAAGACGGAACUUCGCUGAGACCAAACGAGAUCGUGUUAUGUGACAAGUGUGGAAUCGGUAAGUACUCCUUCCGCGUAUUCUACUUUCUAUUUUGUCUUAGCGCAUCUCUGAAACGGAAGGGAAGUCAGCCUUUGAAGUGUUAUGAUCGCUCUCUUGUCCCUACAUGUGUGUUAUGUGGUGAAGAAAGGACGGCCAUUACACUUCACGUAAAUUCCACCUGCUACUAGCAGCUCUGUUGUUGUGAAGGAAGAGGACAGGUCGCCGUGCAACGUGGAUUCGUUUCAACAAUGAGAACGCAAAAGCGUACAACUUCAUCUUCCAGCUUUUACUUGGUUGAAGCGCUUUUCAGCGAACGAAGUUAUCUGGGGUUAAAAAUUAUUCAGACUAAACAGUAGUGAAUGUUUUCAUUUCUUGAUAAUGACUCGCCGAUUCUUUUUUUUUUUCUGCAUCAUUCUUGCCACAAGUACAGGGGAUGUUCAGUCAGAAAUAAAAGCUACGUUUAUUCACUUUCCCUCGAAAUGAAAAAAGCAAAAAAUGAAAUAAAAUGGUGAACUGAUGUUCUGAUAAAAUUAAAAUAGCAGAUGAGAUAAAAAUUGAUACAGGUCUUCUUUUAUUUAUGUGAUUGUAUUGAUUUCCAAAAUAAGAAUAUUGACGUCGAUUCGCAAGUGGUUUUAGUCAAAGUUGUUCAAAAGAACAGACUAUUCAUUAUGGUUACCAAGGGAAAGUGUCAGCGUUCCAUACAGAAUUCAAUUGAACGACUGUUGCCUCGAAACCAAAUGUCUGAGUUAUUCUAGCUGAUACGAUGUACAAACUUGAAUGUCCUUUCAUUUUGAAUUGAACAUCGGGAGCGAUUUUGAGGCGAGGGUACUUUAAAAUACUGAACUUGUCACUAGCCGUGGAAUUCAUUAUUAGUCAGAUGUAGUCCAUCACCUACUCAGAUGAUUAAAACACUAGUUUUAGAGUAUUUAUAUUUCGUUUUCGCUAAUGGAUGUUGUGGUUGUCUCAAAUGUCAAUUGAAAGUCUUCGCGCCCGAAGAGAUUAAGCUUCGAAUGAUAAACAAAUGUUUCAGUUUCGUCGGAAGUGAUCGACUAGUCGAUCAGAUUCUUAAAAUUGUUUAUAGUUAGUACAAAUAUUAUUCAGGAGAAGUAAAAUGAAUUUUAACUUUGACAGACAAGCAAAACUUACCAAACUUCGUGUUUGCUUAACUUUUAUUGAUACCCUUAUAGCAACUUUGCGGAUCUCAGUUCUUGAUUUUGGAAUAACAAAUUAUGCCUUAUUCAGCAAUAUUUCUGCUAUGCGCUUGUAGCUCAUCACUUCUCGUGUUUUUUUUAUUCAUCUUUGUUCUUCUGUGUUCUUGGAGCUGUGGAGAACGUCUCUAACAAUUGCUGAAAAGAGCCUUGGGCGAUAUUUAGAGAUCUACUUAGCGAGAGCCAGCAAAAUGCAUCAACUUUUUUUGGAGUCUCUAGGCUUUACGUCUUCAAUAGCGCAUUUCAUUGCAGCCUCUUAGUUGUUACACACUAAAUUCUCAACAUGCUUUUUGCCAAUUUUAACAUAUGUUUGUUUUUUUUUUUAACUCUUUUGUAUAUAUCUCAACAGGAUCCAGCGAUCGGUUGAGAUGUUUUUUUUAAACAAAUUAAUAACAACUGGCUUAUUUUUCAACUGAAUUUUCGUUGACGAAAAGGUUUGUUUUUCUCACUCUGUAGUAUCAGGAGGUGGCUGUCUCUUAACAUGAGAGCUAUUGCUCCCACUUACAAGUGUUAUCACUCCAAAGGUGAUGAUGUUGAUGAGCAAUUUUUGCUUCAUUUUCUUGUUAGGGCAACCAGCCACAAUGGCCUUGGUUCCUAGUGCUUAGUAAUCUGUUCUGCAUAGUAAAUUGCAAAAUAUCCACAGGCAGACAGAGAUUUUCAAUAACAGAGACAUUUCAACUGAUGAUGUUGUGAAUUUAGGAUGUUUCCAGUAAUUCUCAUCAAGUACCACUUUUAUUUGGGUGGGAAAUGUUUAUUCUAAGUCCUCUUCUGUUCUGUGAAGAACUUUAAUGUACAAGCUGUGAACAAAAAAAUUAAUAUGUUACAAAAAUAUGGCUUUUUAAGUGCUGAAUUCUGUAUCUGCAAUCUUCAAAGCUCACAAACUCAAAACAACUCUAUGUAGCUAGCAGAUGUACUUAACUUGAUACCAGUUUUCAAAUGUUUUCCUUAAGUAUGACUUUUCAAAGUAUCAUGUUUCUUCUAGAUCAUUAAAGAAAAUGCUAUUAUUUCUCAAGUGAUGCUGCAAAGCAUCCUUAAACAGACUCCUCCAUAAUGUUUACUCGACUUGCUGUGAAGCCAUUUUCCUAUUGCUGUCUCUUUCUUCAGGGGAAUUAAAAACUUCAGCACACCAACUGUCUUUAGUUAUUUAAGAACCCUUAGCUUGAACGAAAGCCAAGUUUGUUUUAAAUAUCUAUACCAGUAAAUGUCUUUUACAAUAGCUUUAUUAUUCUCAUAGACUCUCUGGAGCCAGAAAAUAGAAUUGCUCAAAGUGUGUAGUGUUUAUAAGUCAUCUGAGUGUUUUGACUUCACAAGUGUCAGUUUUUUGUGUAAUUACCAUAAUUUGUUUUACUUAAAGUGCUGUAUGCUUGUGAUCCAGGCAGGCACUAACAUUUAAGUACCUAAACAGUAUCAUGGUAACAUUUGAUUGGUAGUUUCUUAGACUGUUAUGGAACAUUAUGCUAUUACGAGAUUCAUCCAUCAGACAGCAGGUGUCAGCAUGGAUUAACAUGUCUUUUUUCACAUAAGGAAAAAGAAACCUAAUUUCUAAUUAAUCCUCCUGAGUAAAGGAGGCACGUUAAAUUUGCUUUCUCUGGAACGGUGAAAAUUACAUAUUUCAUUGACAUCCAGUCCUCUAGAUGAAUAUUUAUUGCCCUUUUCUUUUUUUCUUUUUCUUCUCAUCCUUUGACUGUCAUGUUUGGGUCUUUAUUGGUAAUUUGAGAAGUCGCUUGAAAAUUUAAGUGCCAUAAAAGUCUUGAAUAUUUAUAAUGAACCGAAACAGUGAUAGCCCAAACACUGGCUUAGACAGCUGUAUUUCUGUCCUCUGGGGGUAUUUGACAGAAGCCGACUCUGGUUUAAAGCAUUUGUGUUAGUUCUUAUGAGGGAGUAACCUCCCUGAAGCUUUAACCCCAUCAGCAGAUCUCUGCAACACUUGGGUGUUUAAUCAAAAAACAGGAUAAAACUUGAUUGUCUUAUGAUGUUUAACACAUUGUAAGGUUGAAGCUGAAGUUUCUUAUGUUGGCUCUUUUGCAUUUUUAUGGCCUGUAAUGUUGACACUUGUGGCUCUCAUGUGGGAGGUGUGUCUUGUAAGUAUUUAAUUUUUACAGCUUGUGGAAAAGUUCCCUAAUGUAUCUCUUACAUCUUGUUUCUGCAUCACACAUUCGUCACAGAAUUGUUAGUAAGUCUUUCUCAUCAGAAAAUUGCUUUUGAUUUCUCCAGAAUGUUGUGAAGUUGAUAUACAUCAAAAGAAAUUUACUGAUUUGUUUUGUCUGAUUGUCAAGGGAAACUGGUCAGAAUGUUCAACCUCAGUGCAAUUUAGGGAAGUAGAAUUUUUAGUCAAGGUGUGACUGAAGCUGAAGGAUACACAUACAUGUAUUUGCAUACAAAUUAGUACAUUUUUUGUCCAUGUUGUUUUUUUGUCUGUGAACAAAAUCUAGUGGUCUUCUUUCAUGAAAUAUUAGUUUGAGACUUUUAUUAAGUGGAUUAAAUUUUGCAGCCAAAUUUAAGUAUUUAUAAGUAAUAUACUAUUUCUUGGGUGGAAAUGUUUAUGUCAAACUUCACUAACUUGUGAUUAGUUACUCUCAAAGUAUUUUCACCUCAAACUUUGGAAACCUUCAAUCCAGGUCAGCUCUAAAUUAAAAAUGACCUACUUUUAAGAAUCAACUAAAAACUUGUUAGUACAUUGAAGGAGAGGGUUCAUGUAAUAUUUCAUGUAUCAGUUAUUUGAGAAGGUUAGUGACUAGUUUCAACUAGAGUUAUACUUUAUUGGCAUGAUCAUGUUACUGGUCCAUGUAUCUUUUGCAUGCCUAAAAAUGAUAAACAAUUUUUUGUCCAGCAGGAUGGAUAUGCAACAAAAGAGCAGGGGGAGGGACAGGGGGAAAAGGCAGGGGAAGGGGGAGAGGAAGAGGGUAGGGGUGGGGAUGUAGCUAUCUCAUUUGGAGAACUCAGAGUUCUCAACUUUAUGCUGAUCAUGUUUACUACAUGAUAUUAACCUUUUCUCUUCAACAUGAUUAUUCAUUUCUCCAUACCCACGUUGGUACAUUUUCCUUCGCACAAGGAGAGUUCAUUUAACAAUCAAGGCUUCUUAGACUGAUGAUCAUUUCCUUUAUUCUCAUGAUCGUAGUGAGUGAUUCAGCAGUAUUACUGUAAAGAGAAAUUGGAUGCUGGUCACAUUUACGGUUUAAUGGGUUAAACAAACCAACAAUGGGAAAGUAAGUCAUGUGUCCAAGAAGCACUUUUGGCAUGAAGUGUAUGCACAUGUAGUUUUGCGAGGUCUUUUCCAGUCGUUAUUUGAUUUAGAUGCUCACUCUUUAAGAAUUUAUAGACACCUGCAGUGACCAUGUGAUAUUCAUAAUUAAAUGUAACAUUUCAUUUCAUGUAUUGUGACAAAAUGAAAAAAAAUUUUUUUUUAAUGUCAGCAAAUGUGUAGUUGUUCGAAGAAACCUUUCAUUUGUUGCCUUGUACAAAAUUUACAGAUGAAGGGAACAGGCAAAAACUUGAAGAUUGACGAACGAGAUCUGUCUUUACUGCUAAAUUAUCAACAUCUGAUCUGUGUUGUAAGUGAAUUUUGGAUGACGUCAGGAGGAGAAAUGUUUAGCUUUAUUAAAUCUUUGGAUUUAAUAAUUGACGUGAAUCAAGGAUAUAUCCAAAGAUCUUAGACUGAAAUGUUCAGGAUCAAAGUACUUUGAAAUUCACUUCGAUACCAUUUUACUUAUGGCAUAUAAAUCAGUUCGUAUGACGUCAUUGCAUAUUUCCCAAACAUAACAGUCAUUAUGAGAAAGAAAAUACAGAAAGUUUUGGCAAAAUUUUUGUAAUUUACCCUAAUUAUCCUCAAAUUACCUCUAUUGUGUUUUGUAGAACGAGGCUUUUAGAACUAGCGUGGUGAGUGAGUGAACCUAGAGUUACCUAAAUGUUCUUGUGUUCCUUCUGUCAGUGAUAUGUUUUGCAUGCGUUUGAACAAACGUUAAUCGGUGUCGUAUUUAUUUUGCCGGUUAGCCCUCAGGCGCAAAAAUCAAAAUAGCAACACCUUUACUCCUUUGCGUCUUGGACAGUUUAUUUAAUUCUCAAUCUAAAGAAGGAACGUUGUUAUCGAGUAAUUUCAAAACGCGAAAAUUGAGGAUGCAUAUGUCAAGGAAAAAAUUACGACUUGUUUUUGAGAAGAAGCUAUGAUAUAUAAAGACAUGUGCACGUGGGAAGUACUUAAACUACGUCAUUCCUCUUAGUCCUUUCAGUGGCAUUCAGAUCCAUUCUGGACUGCCUUUUCGGAAAAUUCAGUUGAGCUGAAAAGUUGUUAAGUGUCAUAAGAAAAAUCGAUAUCGAAGUUGUAGGAAUCCGAAUACCUUUUGUGAGUAAACUUGACAAGUCUUAACACGCCAGAAACGGUGAUUCUGGUAUCCGGAAAGAUCACUUGUAAAACGUACAAUAAUCUUACUUCCGUAGCGCGAAAAUGUUCACGAGAGUUUUGGGGGGGGGGAUCUUAACGGUCCACAAACCCCCCUCCCUCCCCCUUCCACCCAACGCAGCCGCUAUUGCGUACUUUUCUGACUCGAAGCUAAGUACACGAGGGUUGCUUAGCGCUUGUGUCUAUCAGUCAUCCUUAAAUGGUUGUAAGUUAAGCCAUUCUUUUGAAUAGCUUACAGAGGAGGGUCGUACGUCUGAAAGUCUGAAUUCUGGCGGAAAUUGACAAAAAGUGCGUCAGAACUGCAGCACGUUGUCGGCCACUCUCUAAUCUCAUUGUCCGCCGAAAAAUAAGUUUGACUUACAGUAAAUCUUCCGGCUUGGAUGAAGUCCUUCGUCUGAGAACAGGCUUAAAUUACGGCUCAACACAGACUUAGGUUAAGCCAGUUGCGGUAGGGUCGUUGACCGCAGACUUGACCUUCAUUUUAUCGCGUUCAUGAAUAAUUGAAUUAUAGGGAAAUGUUCCUCGUUAAUUGACUCUAAUGGAAAUACGUUCAAAAGCAAUUUUGUACCAUGGUUAGAAUCUUCUUAAUGGGGGUAACAAGAGCUGUGCUUUUUGAAAGGUUUUGAGUGGGAGAUGGCUUGACACUCAGAGCAAGAGACGCCGUAUAGAUGCUUUUAUUUCUGCUGUAAAGGACUAAACUUUGGAGCCCGCUUAGUCGCACCUGGAAAUUUACAGAUCCCUUUUCACAGGAACGCUUCUAAAACAAAAUGGUUGCAUAUUUGUAAGAAUGGUUCUCUCCACUGGUUAAUUUGCUCUGUUGAAUGAAACAGUCAUAGUUUCUGAGUGCCAUCUUAGUGUACUGGAUGACGUCCAGAAGCUAGGUGUUGAGGAUUUUCGCCAGGUGCAGCGCUGUCGUGUUCUUUUGUUUGACAAAACACAAGCACGACGCGCGUUGAACCUGUUCUUUUGUGCUGUUAGGAGGUACACAAAGAAACAUAUUGCUACAAAGCGCGUCAACUAUUCAUUUUGUUGUCAACUAACCAGUGCGCGCGUUGUUCAACAAAAGUCACCCCUUGUGAAAGACAGACCACGAUAACCGUAGGACUCUCAUUGUGCUCACGCAUUCAAGGGAAUUAAAGUUCUUUUGGAGCAGUACCGUUGGCAUGGUUAUUCACUAAGAAGAAGACUAUUUUCACACAUAGACGUUUGCUAUAGUGUCGUGGUUUUCUUUGAGGGUCUCAGCUGCACAGAUAAACAACGACUGCAGUUCAAUUUAACCAAAGACCCCCACACUCCGACCGAAUCGUUGAACGUAAAGGUUGGCUAAAGUUUUCUUUCUAUUCUCGUCGUUUUGUUUUGUGUCGAGUGUCGUUAGCAAAAUCGCUAAAAUCGGCGGCGUUACUGUCGUUCUUCAUUGUUCGUGUUGUGUUGUUGGUCUUCCUGGAGCUGAAGCAGUGGUUUCAGAUGUUCACAGUAAUUAGUUUUGUACGCUUAUUCUUUUUUCCAAGGUUGUUGACUGUUUACAGUUUACACUAGAAAGCAACACUGAAUUCGACUGUUUUCUUGUCGAAGUCGCGGAGGAAUCGGAAAUUUGCAUAUGGAAACGAUCACAGUAACGCUGAUUUAGGUAUACUGCAUACAUUUAGUUAAAAAUAUAGGAAAAUUUGUUUUUACACAGAUAGUUUUUUUCCGUACAAGGCAGUAAAGUGUAUUGGCAAUACCUUCCUCAAAUUUCUCCGAUAUGUUUGCUUAAGCGCCAUGCCGUUUUGUUGCCAAACAUGUGAUGCGAAUCAUGAUGCUGACAAUGACUAAUCGAUCGCCAUAACAGGUCACUUUUUUUGACAGUUGGAUAGCAUCUUCUAUACAAGGGCUUGUGCGUUUAACAGGUCCAUAGCUGCCCAUUUCUCAUACACAGUGCUUAAAUGUUAAAAUUUUGAAUUCUGAUUUUGAACUAGAUGUCCUAACGAUUGGGGUUCUCGCGUUCUGAAUUCACUCUCAGACCUGUAUUUAUUUACAUUGAAGUGGGAAAUAUUUUAGCCGCUGUAGAUUAUAUUUUUUUAAAAUAUACCUGCCCUCGUGAUACAGUUUCAACCGAAUACGUUUGGUAACGGGCAGACAGUAGAAAGCCGGUUGAAAAUACAUAUGGUAUAAUUAGAUACAAUCUUUUUCAUGUUUUAAGCUACGUGAUAAUGGUGAUGGUUGGCCAAAAAAAUUAACCAGAAUGACAAGUUAAAACACUAUUACCAAGCCGAUUCAUGUCACAAACACGAAAUUAAAUAUGGGAACGUGUUUGCCAAGUAGCCAUUUUACAGGCUAAGCUUGAACCAAAGUAGGAUAGCUCACAUACGUUUUUUUAUUCCGAUAACGAUCGCGAUUUUAGAGUCCGCAUAAUUUUGUUUGUGAGUAUUUUUUCUCUCUCUGUCCGUGAUAGCGUACUUGAUUUAACAGAGUAGCGUGUCAAGAGAGCAUGCUCUGACAAUAUUCCCUAAGGCUUCUGCAAGCGUGCUAUUAGAUAACUUAAUCAUCGUUGUGGACACACGCUCCUUAAAAAAGGUUUUGAUUGAUACCAACGUGGCUGUUAUCUAGUUCAUGUUUGUAGACACUCAACUUUUUAAAGCAGUGUGAACAUUCAAAAUGCUCGGCAUUUUUUUUCUUUGUUUUCGGACAGAAAGCUCUCCUUUUUUUUUGCGUCAUUAAGGACUGUUUGCAUGGGUUACAUAAUUGGCCAAAGACAUGCAAUGUUGUUUCAUAUGUUUGCACCUCUUUGUGAUUAUUAAACAGCCAAGGUGGGCAACAUUCCUCAAGAGAGGCUUGUGUUGCUUACCAACGGACCUAGCGAUGGGGCAUAGUGCGUUACUAAGAUACAAUCGCAGCCUAGUAGAAAAAAAAACAAUGCUAUAGCUGCGAAAAGGGUAUUGAAAUCAAAUGAUAUUAGAGUUUGCGUGCUUAGAAUAUACUUAACCUUUUUUUCUUUUCAAUCUCGAACGCUUCGAGCGCGUUUCUUGUGUGUUAUAGAGAGAGCGGGGAACGCACAUUAAAAUAUUUGGUCACUUGUAGUUUCUAAAUUAUUUCUAUGCUCUGAAGAGAGAGGAAGUCCAUUCUCUACUAAGAAAGCUCUGCUAGUCUGGCAUGAACAGAUAUCUUUCCAGCUGGGAAUAAUAACCAGAUUAGUGAGUGCUAAUUUUUUUUUUGACCGAAAUAUUACGUCAAACCUGUUGGACGUGCUUCACCUUGGUUGACACCAAUUGCGUCAAGCUUGUUAAGCUGGUUUAACCACGCGAGAGAGCAAUGACGUCAAAGCAGUGAAACUGGUCCAACUAUGUUUUCUUUUAAAGGAAAAUGUGAACCUCCGAUGGAACUGCCGUAACUCACAAACCGUUUUGAAACAGGAAGCAGUGCCUCACGCUCAGUUAAGAUAAUUCAGUGCAAUUAAAUGUUUUCGUUUUAAUUCGUCGUGUGGUUUUAAAUUAGCCAUUCUGUUUGAAAAGAAGGUUUGAGGGAGCUAGACUUAAUUUUCCUGGUUCGUUUUUGAACUGUCCUAAUCUUUUCCAUCCUCUACCGUCUUUUUUCCCUGUUGGGGUUUGCUUUCUCAUUUGCGUUCGUCUGUCUCACCGAAAUUGUAUUUUGUAUGAAAUAGCUUCUUUGAUUAAAUAAAUCUUCCCUCUCUUGGUCGCUUUCCGGUUGUAAGAGCAAGGCAGAUUUUCUCGUUGGGGAAUAGAAUAAAAACGCCUUUCCACCGGAAAGUUUUCAGGAAAAUGGGAAAUCCUUCAGAUUUUCCUCGGAACUACAAAAGAUCAUUGUAUAAUUUGCUUCCUUCGGCAAGCUAGGACGAAAAUAAAUACGGCUAUUUUUUCAAUCAGUUGUGUUGUCGCAAACUAUAGGACCGGAAGAAAAAUCUUAUGCUUCCUUUUUAUAGGAAACACACAUCAGUUUAUCCGCCCAAAUUGCCAAAGUGCCCCGCCUUGCGUUUGUAUCAUGUUACGCGGUUCGAAGUUCAUGAAUCAAGAGAAAAAUUUACGGUGACCAGCGGUUAUCACCAGCGCUGUGUACCCAUGACAUAUAAGCAUGUAGCGGUAACGGAUUGCUGACUCUAACAGUAAAAGAAACCGUAAAGAUGCACGUUCACCAAAGAUAAGUUUAAAUAGUAAGCAAUGAUAGAUAACGAACCUGGAGAACUGAAAUUAUGGUUCUUCAUAAUUGUGUUUUUUAUUCCAGUUCACUCGAACGUACGAUUUAAUCGAAACGGAAUUUCAUUUCAAAGCUGCAACACAGCGCACAUUUAAGCAGGGUUUGUGGUAAAGCUUAAGAUUUAGGAGACAAGAAACAUUGAUGGUGGUAAUAUCAAUUGCGUUCAGUGGCAAUAGUAAUAAUAAUGAUAAGAUAAGAGUGAUAAGUUAGUCAUUUUCGUAAUUUUUUUUGUGAUCGUUAUUAAUAAAGAUAAUAUUCAUCCUGAUAACAUUUAUAACAAAUGACAAAUUUCUUAUUACGAAAUUAAUCAAACCUAUAACAAUAUUCUCGAACGUGAUUGGUAAACACCAGCCCGAUUUGAGCACUUAUCGAAACGCACUAAUCAAAACGAAUCACCCAUUUCUAGUUUUUUUUUCGAAUUUUGUCACAGUUUUGAUUAAUUGGUAACAGGACUUCGUGUCGUCCAAUUCUGUUUGUAACCUUACUCGUCAUAGACAAAUCACUCGACGCAUGAUUACAGACCGAAUUGGACUCCACUCGGUCCUAUUACCAUUACGUAACAUUCAUUCCUGUUAUAACCCAUAGAAGACUACAUACCACUACUACUAUUUAUAAGUGUCGACGAAAACAAAGAUUUCUUUGUCGGGUGUUUUUAUUUUUUCAUGUAACUUUGACAGUCUGGUAAUAAAUUUCCUGUUAUCCUCGUCCGAUCUUGUUUUUCCAAACGGAUAAUCCUAGUCUGAAUUUUCCGGUUUCAUUGGCAGUCCUCCCAAGUGAAUAUGAAAUUAAGUUCUUAUCCUUUUAAAUAUCGUCUCACUUAAGCUGUCAUUUUGACUAUUUUUUUUACCGUUCAAUGCCAUGUUUACCGAUGGAUCUCUAGUGUUUUGCAUUUUCCUCUCACUUUUCUUGGUUGUGUUGUCGUGUUCAUGUUAUUUUUCUCGUUCUCCUUUCCGUGAAGGCGUUUUCACCAAGAGGAAGCAUCUUGUUUGCUGCAAACUUUGCUUCUCGGUGUGAAUUAAAGAUGCUUUGUGUAGCUAAAGUAGGGCUGUAAAAUUCUUAAUUUAUCUGGUGUGUGCUUGAAGUCAAGCUUAAGUUUACAUAGCUCGCCAAGCGGGGAAAUAUUUAAUAUUUCUGUCAAAAAGUAAGUGACAGUACGCACGUUCUUUGUCGGAAAUAAAUGACAGUUUAGAGGCAGGUGAAAUGACGGCUGAAGUUUUGUAUGAACAGACUCUUUUCUUGUAAUGUUUACGCCUAAUCAGGGAGAACAGUUUUUUCAAUUUUGUCGUCCUUUGUGAAAAACAAACAAAAGCUGAGAAGUUGUGGAGAUGUGGUGCCAGAUGGCAGCAGCGAAAGUCGCAGUUAGUGAGCUCGCAGUGGGAGGGUGUUGUUAUUGCUUUACUUAUAAACUUCUUUUCUUGAAGAAGAGACACACAGAUCUUGAUUAACAAAGAAACAGCGGGGAUUCUCUUCUGAAUUAACAUUCUUUGUUGAAGUUUCUCGUCUAGCGAUUCCUCAUAGCAAUUUUCAUUCCGGCUCGGGAGUGCGUAACUAGUGUUUCUGUAAUCCACAAAUUUCACUCGUUGCUCGCCCGAAAUUUUGUCUCUUUUCAGCAUUUGCCGGAAAGGUUAUUUUCAAAAAGGAUCAAAUUAAUUGCUUGAUCUGUUUGCCGUUAGUGAAGGAGUAAUCUUUCUUAUCUCAAACCAUACAAGCGUUAUUUUUUAAUAUUAUAUUUCCUGGCUGUAAAAAGGUCAUCUGUCAUAAAAAAGAUUUAAACACCUCGAUAGAACGGAAGUCUAAAAUGGCUGAUAGAUUAAAGCGAUUUUUCACCGUGGUGACUAAUUUCUCUUGCUGGGAGGGAAUUCCCUGUUGUUAGUUCAGGGAGAACUGUAUAAAUUUUCUCUACAUGCCGUUGAUGGACGAGUUCUUCUGCUUUUGAAAGACUCAGGGCUCAUGUUGGUUAAACUGAGAGACGCGUAUUGAUCGCGUAACUAUGUGAAAUGAUUGCGCGGCCAGGCCGGCGGGCGGGCGGGCGGGCGCUGUCGACAUCUCACGAGUUCGAAUUAAAUUUUGCACUUUUGUAGUCACGGCUGACAUUCAACGGAAACGAGUUUCGCGGCCAAUUUCCUGUGUUUUAGUUGUUCGUUGAUCUGUAAGCGAGCACCUGACAAAGGAUCACUAACACAGGUGAAAUUGAUUGGUUCAGUUGUGUAUGUUGUGUUGUGAUGUUAUUACCAUGUAUUACUGAGAAUAUCCUCCCUUCCUUGACAGCUCAUAAGAAGUCUACUCUCUUUCCCUUCAUUUUAUCUGUUCCUCCUGCAAACACUUCACUUUUGGAAUAAUUGCCGCUGUUUACUCAGUUCUAGCUACGCCAUUGUUCUGCAAAUGGCCAUUAAUUGAACGAAAUUAUCUUCAAGCGAAAGUUGGUUUGCUGUUUCUUCAGCUGCCCUUCCAGUGCUGUGUUGUUCGCAUCGCAGACGACGCGCGUCUUCUUCUGCAGACUUCGACACGUAGAGACCUAACGAUAUUCAAUCGCGUUUAUGAUCGCGGAGCAUUGGAAGGAAAUUUUCUAAGUGAAUUUGAAACUGAAAAAUAUACGGAACUCGUUACGAAGGUAGAUUUUUUUCGCUGCUCUUGUAUGUCUAGCAUGCUUUUCAUGUAUACGUGAAAAAAAGUUACCUAUAAUUUAUUCUUCUCUUUAUUUUCGGCUUUCGUUUAUCAGCUUUGCACGAAGCGCGAUGUUCGCCGCCAUUUCGAACCGGAAACUAAGUUUCGGAUUCAAGGUUCGAUACCUAAAGGCAAAGAAUUGCGAAUUGGGAAUUUCUGUUUAAUGUAUAAUCCCUAGAACGUCGAUAAUACUGCACUUUUUCUCCCACGUGGUUUCGUAUAUUUCGCUUGGUCGUUCGAACAAGGUGUGGAAAGAUGAAAUGCGAACUACGAGUGUAAGUACCGCUCGCCUACAUUUUCUCGGCGACGAGCAAACAUAACGAAGCGAAAGGGUGACUCCGCGAUAGCGUGAAUACGCACCUAUAUUUGAAAAUUUGUUCAGUCAAGAUGGCGGGCGGUAUGUGUCUGUUGAACGCAGGUGGUGUUGAAACAAGUGCCUUCAGCUAACAUCUUAGCCGCUGUGGUUCAACUGCGUCCGCUUGAUACGUUCAACGAAUUCUCUGUUCGAUUGUUGAAUGUACAUUGUCGGCACUUACAAAAUGUUAGUUUUUCGUGUCUUGUUUUGACAUGGUCUGGCCGCAGAGACAAUAACUUUUCUCUCAGUUUAUCACAGUUUAUUUUUUUGUGUGUGUUUUGAUCGAUAUGACUUUCCACCUACCGCAGUUACACUCAAAAUAGGUUAGUGAAAUUUGCUUGACGGCACAAAUAUUUUUUCUAUUUUUCACAUCUGCAACUAAAUUUUAGAGAAUGAACGUUAAAUUGUUGCCAACAAGAAGUGAUUAAAUAAAAGGUUUCAAAACGGAAUUACACCUUAGAUAAUUGAAGGUCACAUUCAAUUUAAGUGAAUCCCAUAUUUUUUAUUUUUUAUAUAUUUUUUUUUAUUUCCAGGUUACCAUCAGAAGUGUCAUCAUCCUGCUAUUCCAGCAGAAGCUUUAGAGUUCGAUGCGCCGUGGAUGUGCGUGUAUUGUUCAAUCGGUGCAUUUUGUCCAUACCUGGAGAAUCCUUUUGAAACAAAACCCACAAGGAAAGGAGUCAGGAAGACCAGAAUCCACACGGUAAAACGAACUUGCUUUAUAUUAGCAGUCAUCAGUUAAUUUACCUAACGUAACUAGCUACAAUGUUCGCUUUCAAUAAUUUCGUUUUACUUUCCGGCGUCGCAGGAUUAGUAUAGUUGAUUUCGAAAGACUUGAUCUCGCAGCCGGAUAUUAAAUAUUAUAGCGAAUCAUUUUUUAUAAAAGUAAAAUAAACAGUGCCAUUCUACCCCGCAAGAAGAUACCUAUCUUUCAUGACACCGGUUAAAUUUACACAUGGGGCAGCAGAAAUACCUCACAAACCUAGAACUUAUUAUAAUUUUUUUCUUAGUUGUGUUUAUUUAUUUCUACCGUAUUUGUACUCCUUUCAAUUUCUCAGAGGAUAAUUAACGUCAUGGCAACUGGCUCCUAAAUUGUUUCGGGCUGCUUGUAGGAUUUUUUCUACGACAACGUCAGAAAAAACAAAACAAAACAAAACAAAACAAAGACAAUGAGGAAAUAAUCGCUUUUCGUUGCUUUCUAACCUUAAUACACGUAUAAAAACUGGUGGUCGUUUAAAAGAUGCUAAAUUACAGUUAAAAGUAAUUUUUUUACAGUCAGUGGACUUUCGCAAUUUCUACUCCGGCUUUUGGAGCAAAUUUGGAGACCUGCUCUAAAGACCUAACUGAUAAAACACUGCAAACUGAACGAGCCAUAACACUUCACACUUCGUUCAGGAAAGAGAAAACUGUUUGGAAUUGGUUUCCGGUUUUUGUAUCAACAUUAAGGCAGCUGCUUGCAUCGUUGCCAUGGGAGCACUCAGUAAAGUUGCUUUAAAAGCGCGCGAGGGUUUUCACAACGCCAAAAUAUGGCACUACCGGACCCCAGUGUGGACGCAGAUUUUCUCUCUCCGGUCCUCGUAGAUUUGUAGUACUAGUCGUUGUAAGAAUGUGACUGUUGAUCGGCGAAGUUUAUCUUGUUACCCGUGUGUUUGAAUUUUUCUUGUGAUUUUAUGCGAAGUAGUUAUUAAUCUCUGUGAUAGUCAAUGUUAACUAUUUCUGACGAAAUUAUGUGCGAAGUAGCGUUAUUUGUGUGAGGAUAUAUAGUCCAAAUUUACAUUCGCGUAUCAGAAAUUGACGUGCACAGGCCAAUGUUGUGCGUUCCUUUUUUUAAAAAUCACUCUUCAGGUAUCCUUGACUUUUAUAGCAAUGACUUGGCCUCAUUAGUGAACCCUCUCAUCUUUUGAAUGGCCUUUUAAUUUGCGGUCUGCAUUGAAUCACCAUAAUAUAACCUUGGUAUAAGUCUGUUGCAAUGUGCCACCGUGUAAUAUACCUAAAGCUUUCCGCAACAACAAUCCAUAGUUUCUUCUGUAAGUGCUAUACGUUAAACAGAAACAUUUCAUUAAAAUUCGGCUUUUUUGUUCCGGAAUAGCGAAAAUAAGGAUCUUUAUGGUUAAAAGGAAAAAGGAAAAUUCUUUGACAGUUGAUACAAGGAACUAUUUUUGGCAGAGGUUUAGUAUAAAUACAGUCAGCUUAAUAUCAGCUUGAUGGCUGUGUGGUUAGUUACCAGCAAAUGUAACGAAAUGAUGUUGAGCACCUGUAUGCCUUUUAAAACUGUAUUUUUUUGUCGUCUGAAUCAAUGUGAAAAUGCCUUCCACUUUCUUAACUGAGUACAUUUAAGUCAAACUUUUUAGGCUGCUGUGGUGCAAUUUGGCUGAAAUCGCUACCAUUUUUUUCAAUGUUUUUUUAGUUGCAUCGAUACGCUCUUGUUUGUGUGGCAAAUGCUCAUUUUCAUUCAUUUGAUAUUUAAUUUGCAAGUUUAUUGAUUUAUUUUUUUAUUCAGCCAGCCAUCCGUUAUUAAUUCACUUAUUUUAUUAUUUUAUUUGUUUGUCGACUGAGUUACUUCACGUUUUUCGUCUUCGUAAAACAGAAAGGUGUUUUCAAAGAAACGUGGUUGUACGCGCGUGGUCAAAGCGAGAUCGCGCGUGCUACAGAAAUUACGUCAACAGCAUUACUUUCUGAGAAGAAAAGUUGAAGUAGCUUUGGAGGGCUGACAAUCCUUGAGCCUAAGGGCUCAGAAAAAGGUUAAUUUUAGUUCAAAGGGAUUAUAUUUGUUUUGGACGUUAGACGGUGGCGAAAAUUAAUCCUCAGACGAUUUUACCAAAGUAUGUUGGAUCAAUCGGUCCGCCACUUAGUGAAGUUAAAAUCGCCGCCCUUGCAAUCACGGAAUGUCGCGACUGAAUUGGAAAGUAAGUUGAACAGAAAGUGAAGAAAAGAACCACAGACUGGCUGAUACUCGUCUGAAAGGUCCCUGAGGCGACUACAGAAAGUAAGGUAUUACUUGUUCAUUCUACCCUUACGAGUAAUGAAGACCAGUUUUUCGAUCUGAAAUUUCCUUGUUUUGAAAGGAUCCCCUUUUUUAUGGCAAACGACAGCCCGUUGAGUUCUUGUUUAGUUUCAACGGAAGACAGGAUUAUUCUGGUGAAAGCAUCAGCGCAGAGGACAUUCCGUAGACAGGAAAUCGAAAUUAUUCAAAACAACACACUGAAGCGAUUAGAUUUCUGGUGGAAAACUAGAUAUCGAAGGUUGGUUUAGUCCAAUGGAAAGUGAAGCUGCUUCCCUAACAUUUGAUCUCCGAUGAAGUAGAUUGCGUUGUUUUUGACUAAUACCAAGUUCCUUGAAUGCUAUUUUCUGAAUCUCUGUACUUUCGCUGAACGUGUUCGUGCGGGGUACCAACUUAAACUCUUUUUGUAUGGAGGAGGGUUGAUAAAGUACUUAGCAUUUUACUUCAUUUUGUGAAUAAUUUAUAACUAGAAGAUCGGUUCAGUUAGCCAAUACAUCCCGGAAGAAGGUCAAUAUAUGUUAUGUGCGGCGCCACGAUUCUGCUCUGCGGAGGUCUAUUUAGGGCAUAUAUAAACACAAGUCGAGGGGUUCGUUUGACCCCGUACGUGAUGUGUUGAGUAUUGGAGUACUUUCAACUUUCAUGGAUUCAGUUUAGUAGCUUUCGCUGAACAGUCCUUAAGCGCGUUCUGGUUGAGUCACGUUCACUUGGCCAUGAGAACAAUAGAUAGAACAAUGAAGGGAAAUCAGUUACGUAAGCUUAGAAAAGAACGUAAUCGCCUGCUUUUGUCUGAUCCGUCUAAUUCUUGUUUAUUUUCUGCAUGAACUGGUCGUUGCCAGUUUUUAGCUGUUGCUUUCCUAUGCUAUGCCAUGACAGAAUUUUUAAAAAUAGACUAGAUAGGAACUUUCAGUAAUUAUUGGCUGAAAGGUUUGACCCAUGGUGUGAUGUUCCGCUAGAGCGCACUGGAAGACGCUCUUGUUUCUCCACGUCAUCUUUCAAAAUGAAAAAAGUAGUCUAAACAGCUGAAGGGAAAUUAUCUUAUAUUUGAACGAAUAUGACUCGGCAUACCAGCCGGAUGUGUUAUUUACCACUGAACGUAUAUCAAGUCAUGAGCAAGGGCCGAUCUUGAAGCGAAAACGCUACCGAAUAUUGCGGUAUUGUUGAUAAAUAAUCGAAGUGGAUAAUAUCCGCUUACUGUAUUUGUUCUACACGCCAGUAUUGCGCUACCAAGCCCCGCUGCUGAUAGUGAGUGUUUUUACGCGACGUAAAUAAUCUAUAGUGGGUCGAAAACGAGCCAUUUCCUGAUGGUCGACCUAGGCGAAACGCGUUUUAUAAAAUGGAACGCUAUCAAGAACAGGAUUACAUUGUGCAGUUUUUGCUGCUGUUGUGGUAAAUUGGUCGCGUUUAAGGUAAUUUAGUCGUGGACGUUUUUGUGGGACUUGAAGUUUCUUCGUUUCAUUUAAUGGAGCCGGUCGCCUGAUAUCGUUAUAUUCAUGGAACGAGAAACAUGAUAUUGAUAAUACGGCAUCUCAAGUGGCACUUGAUAGUAAUAUUGAUGGAGGGCACAAACUGGGUAUUGAAAGCUGCCAUUACUGAUAGAGGCAGUCGAGAAUUAUAUAAUUUUGUUUCUAAUAUAAUACUUCAUCUAAAAAACAACGUUGUGUUGUGUCACUCGGCAGAGCUUUUCGGUAACUUAUGGCUAUGGGCAGAUUAGUCUAUAAAUCUCGUAAGGGAGAGAUUUUGUGGCUGUUUUUAACAAGAUUUUGACCCGUCAGGGCAGCAGUAACAUGUUGUUUGCUCGAAAGUUCUUUCAUCACAGCACGCUAAGUCAGGUAAAAACUUUGUGUUAAACACUGAGUGACGGUGGGCAGUCGGGAAGUGACUCAGCAGUAACUAGGCGCGACAGAUAAAUAUUUCGUUUCGAAUAGGACACAGUUUAAGUGUGUGUUUUUUUGUUUUUACAGCUUAAGUCCGGAGAAUCGUGCGUGAGCUCAGGAAACUCAACAGAAGACGAGAAAGAUUUGCCUGCUAGGGAAAGUAUCAAAGCGAGCGAGGUGGCCUCGCGCGGGAUGUCGAGCUAUUACUUUUCCUCGCACAUGCAUCCACGCGAAGGAGCUAAGGCACGAGGGAGACCAACGUUCGGUCACAAAUCUAAAUCAUCCGGUGUGGAUAAACGCGCGCGAGGCAACAGCAAACCCGCUGCGCGCCCGGGUGUGCGGGAACGUGAUCAGUAUUCGGAGAGAAACUCGGAAUUUGACGCAAAUCACCAAAGGAAAAGUUCACAUCAUUACCAGAGACAUGGUAACGACGUUUCCGCCCGGCAUUCAGGGCGCUAUGGUUCUCCUGUACGGAAUGUAAGGCUUCUAGAGGAUUCUGAGGGAAGGAAACUCUCACCGGCAAGAGAGCAGGGAAGCAAAAGAUACCAGCAAACCGAGGAGAAUAAAACAGCCAAAGUUAUUUCCUCUCACAGGCGCGAUGCGCCGCGGGAGAAACAAAGACUAACCCAGGACUUGGCGCGACAGAAGAGGUUAUUGAGCGAAGAUAUUGCUCGCGCAGAACUGCUGCAACGUGAGCAGCUCACCAAGAAAUUUGUGGAUAUAUUUGACAACAGGAAAGAAAGUGUUGAAACCGACGGCGAGAAAGCUCCGACAGAAAAUUUUCACGAGCAGAUUUGUAACGAAGGAGAAAAUGACUGCAUGCAUGGGAUGUAUGAACGGUGUUACGGAGACCACUCCCCUGAGUACGAUCAUGACCAAGACAGCGACGAUGUUUGUAAGCUUUCAGGCGAGCGAGAGUCAUUGUUUGAUAGAUUCUUGCGUAGAGGAUCUGUGCAGGAAAUGAAAAGUAUUGAAUUUGUAAACGAGAGUAAAGUUGAAGUGAAAGGAUUGAGGUACAAGAACAACUUGUUGGAAAACUCUUCAUCUGAUGGGCUGCAAUCUGAGGCAGAUACCAUCACCAACUCUGAAGUUAGAAAUGUGCCUGAACUCCAGCCAUUAAAGUUUGAGAACGUCUCCGAUGACGAGCUCGCUUUCAGUGAUGCUGAUAACGAAGAACCUCUUAUGGAAAACAGGAAGGUUUCUACCAAUGGACUCAAAGCAAAUGGCGGAAGUCCAACGUUUGCAAAGAACACGAGCCCGGUCGAAAAUGGAUUAGAUUCAACAUCUGACAUGAAAUGCAACGGCUUAGAGGAAAAUUGCGAUUCGGUAGAUUCGCCAUUGAAAACUGAAUUGAUUAACAAUCUUGGCUACACGCCAUGUGAAUGUUUAAGCGAAGGAGGAACUCCGAACUGUGAUGACAAAGCUAACGAUGGCAGCUUUGCAUGUGACAACAUGGAAUGUCUACAGCCUGACGACCCAGAUCACAGCAGUAUCAAAAGUUCAAAACUUGCCCGCCUUAUGGAAGAACCCGACAUGCAAUGCGAGCAUUCCACCAAAAAUGUUCACGACUGUGAGGCAAGCGAAACUCUUGAAGUUUCCUCCUGUGGCGUUUACAACGAAAAUGAUAAUGAAAAUGACAUUAAAAAUGGGGACACUGAUGCAGGGAAUGGUCGCGUAACAUCAUCUGAAAUAAAUACUGCAAAAUUGACAGAUUCAAGUGAAAGAGGAUGGUUAGACAACGAGCUUAAGCACGAAGAAUUAGCUCACAACGGGGAAACUUCUGAUCAGCAAACUAUACACGAAAACGCUGAAGUCAUGGAAAUAGAAAGCUCUGGAAAACACGAAAAAGGAACGGACCAGAACGAAUCGUUAAGUGCCGAACAAAACUCAGAGAAUGUUACCAACGAAUCUGAACUUUCAAACGUGGAGGGUAUGUCUGAUGCGGGUGAGCUCAGUGAAUCAGAAAGUCUAACACCACCGGCUCGUGGGAAAAUAAAGAAAAAGAAGCGAAAGAAAUCAAAAACUAACAAGAACGUUCAUAAGUUAGUUUUUCACAACCCACGCCGGAAAUCCAAAGGAGGGAAAGCUCGUUCUAUUGUGAAGGACGCGUCUACGAGUAAAAGCGCCAAACAGGUUGACUCAGAAAGCGACGACGAUGCGUCACAGACUAAAAGUAGAGACGCAUGCCAAAUAACAGUGCAAGCGGAGGAAAGUAAAGAGCUUUUAAAAGAGACUCCCAACAUGGAUGAUGGCUUAAUGACCUCAGGAGGGUCCCCAACCCAACCCUCUCUGGACAAAGAGACCGAGUCGGCCAGCUUCAAAGAAAGUUGUCUGGAGGAAGGAAAUGAUGAUAACAGAGGGUGCACUGAUAGGCGAUCGCCAUCGCCAAAUGAAGAACGCCUCAGCGCAGACGCUUCCGAGGAGGUUGCUGCCAUGGGAACUGCUGGCUCAGAUAAUUGCGAUAGCGCUCAUGAAGCCAACGCCCUCUCAGACUCAGCGAGAAGUUUAGUGGAGGAAAGUGGAAGGAAAGACAUAGGAAGGAAGGAAAAACGAAUCGGAAAAACCAAAAGAAAAAGUGACGAAAAGGACAAAGAUAGAGAAAGAUCUACUCCUCCUCAUCUUAUCAGUCAAAACCGAUACGCACGUGAUCUACCGAGACAUAACUGGCUUGUGGAGCGGCUACUGCAACAGAACAAACUGUGCGCUGAGGAUACUGUGCAGCCUGCAAAGGAUUCAAAAGAGGAACAAGGCAACGAAGAUAACCAAAUCGUCAGGGAAAACGAGCUCUCUCCUUCUGGCGAAUCGGAAAACCCUGUAGAUAAAGAAAUCGCAAGAACAUCACCGGUUCAGUUAUCGCCCGAAAAUCCCGAAAAACCUGAAAGCCGAAGCGCGUUUUCUCCCAAACAACUCAGUGAUCACGAAGAUUCCGCAACUUCUCCGAAGGACGACUUUCAAAAUGAACUUCGUCAGAGUUUCUUGCGAAGAAAGUUUCCACCAAAUGUCCCAAAAACGUUGCCUCGACUAAAACCAUCCUCACCUGAAUCCACUGGCGGAAACGAAAGUGGUUUUAAACCAACGGAUAACAAGCCCCCUCCCCCUCCGUUGAAACACGCCUUACCGUCAAAGGACGCUCCUGGUUUGGAACCUUUGCCAAAGCUUAGAAAGAUUGUACCUGAAAAAGAAAUUUUCCAUGAACCGCACCAGGAUAAAGAGGAAUUAACGUCAGGGACCCCGAGGAGUAGCGAACCAGCUUCGACUGAAACAGAACAAACGCGUAAGAUUAUCAGCCCCAUUGAGAUUCUCGACGAUGAUGAUGAGAAAAAGAAGCGUGGACUGGAAGAAACGCUAAGCGUUAAUCACACCUCAAAAUCAAGCUAUGAGCAUUCCAACACCAAACAUACCGAUUCAAGCCAUAUGGAAGGACACAAAUCACCUCCAAAAUCAUUAAGUAGUUCUCCUCCCGAUAAAGCUGUGCCUUACUCUUCGAUAAAGAAGCCUUUUGGCGCUGUGACUCCUACUAUUCCUGGAAGUAUGAAAGACAAAUUCGGCCGUCCCAUGCCACCCCAUCGCGCCGCCAUUUUGAUUCCUGUUGUCCCGAUGCAUGAUGGGAAUGGAAUGCCUAUUUCACCAGGUCUCGGUCCAACCUCACCCCAUUUGAAGAGCUACUCACCUAGAACGUUCACACCGCAUCUUCUUACUCAUAGCGGUGCUAUACCUGGACCUGGAAUGUUUGGCGGUCCUUUGCCACAGGCAGGUCGAUACCCAGCAACCAACUGUGGACACCACAUGCACGGUAACAUGAAAUCAGGAGUACCUUGUAAGCGGGACGUGAACUGCCCUUUCCAUGGCAACAACCCCAGAGGUAUACACUCGGGAAUUUUGGAUAUUCCUGGUCAUCAUGGCGCAAUGCACGCCUUUGGCCCACACAGCCACGACCAUUUGUCUGCAGUUAUGUCACGCGAUCGUCGUGAGUGUGACAAAAGCCAAUGCCGGCAACCAGAAUGUCAGGCGUACCAGCCGGAUAAGCAGUCUCCACCUGACAGAGAUCCUCUAGGGGAUAAAGCAGCCCUCCAGACACCAAAAGUGGUGAAGCCCAUCGCGCAUGUCCCAGGAAAGCGCCCUCCAUUGAUGCUGUCCCAUCUUCAGCAGAUUGGGAAGCAUUCCCCUGCAACUCUGAGAGAACUUGAAGCUUUACACGACGAUAAAGUCCGCCGCUUUGGAAGCAAUCGCUUGCUUUCUCCCCAUCAACUUCAGAAGUCACCCGAAAGAUCCCCCAGGGAACGCGUGGCACCCCACAUGAGUUCGCUGUACGAGCGGAGACCCCUUCACCAGCCUCUCACUUUGUCUGAUCUAAAUCGCCGAAGAGAAGAAGAAAUGUUGCGGAUAAAGAUUGACGAAGGCGUUAAAGCACAUCCAGGGGAACUAGUUGUAUCCAGCCUCACUUCUCCUUCCCGCGGACCGGCCAAGUUUACAACCCCACCGCAUUCAAAGGAUUCUAACUUAAUCUCCCCUGGGCGGGGACCCACCUCGACGUCUAUUUCACCAGUAGACAAAAGGGAUCAGGCCAUUUCAUUGAGACGUCUGGUAGACGAAAGAAAGCCCGGCCCUAUCAUGAGUGAAUUUAUCAAGCCUGGGCCUCCACGUCUUCGACCUUUAGAUGAAGCAGAUGUAAGACUGUCCUCAGACAGGCAGAGGCGUGAGGAACUGAGCAGAGGCCAUUCGUCGCCAUUGUUAAGGAUGCAUUCAGCCAAGGAUGCAAGCCCUCGAGAUGUAGAAAUCUUAGAACACGCUGGUCGUCUAGAGAGAGAGCGAAAUGCUGAUUCUUCGCAAGGCAAUUCUAGUAUCACAAACCCAGGUCUUCGACUGUUGGAUGAAAAAGUGAGACAAACUGGUAAUAAAGAAGAACAUACCAGAGAAGGACUCAGUCCCGAAAUGGAACACAGGCUCCGCUUAGAACAAUCAGGAGAGCUCAAGGCAAGAGAUUCAAAUUUAGAGCUGUUUCAACUCAAAGAAAAAGACCCAAGAAUGGAUUUGAGAGACAAAGAAGGCACCAGGAUACCUGUCUCCGAACGAGAGCGCCCUGAAGACCUCUUACUACUCCGUGCUGGAGAUAGUGGGAAGAGGUCAAGAAUGCCGUUUAAUAUCUCGCCUCCUCUCCGUCAGAAAGCUUAUCCAGACAGACCAUUUCCGAUGUCGUCUUCCCUCCAAGGAAGGGUGGAUCCCAGAGUGGAUCCCAGGAUGGCGGCUCUGCACGAGUUAGAGAUGCACAGGCGUGGUGAAGCGGUCAGAGGGUCGGAACCUUCUCAUCGCGAGCUUCUCAGUCGGAUGGCUUCAUCCUUGCCUAUGGGUAAGGGCGGAUCCCAGGGUGCAAAGUCUGUUUUUGUCCGACCAGAUGGUUCGUUGGAACGACGGGGGCCCGACUCUAUCCGAGUGCCCUCCGAUAUUCACAUGUAUUCCCCACCCAGUUCCUUAGCUUCUCGGGAGUAUGGUCUGGUGAUGAACUCACGUCAAGCCAUGGAACGUCUGGCUGCCGCUGCUGGGAAACCUGCAGGUCUGUUAGCAGAGGUUGGUAAGGAUGUGCCACCUCACAUCAGACAGGUGAGUGCAAUAGAAGAAAAAGUUAACCUUGCAUUGUCUUGUACUCUUUAUCUAGUCGAAAACAAACAAACAAACAAACAAAUGCCGAUUGUUAUAAGUAAAACGUAGAUGAGCGUUUGAAAAUUGUUCCCGACUUCAGUUUUAAAUCAGUCGAAUGGAAAUGUUUUUUAACAGUAAUGGCGAUAGUUUCCACGAAGCAAAAUACCUUGGGUUAGUCCACCACCACAGUUACUUUUCAGGUUAAUGGUAGGAUUUAAACUGUUAUAUAGUGUAUUAAUUCGGUCAACUAUUUGCUACUACCUUGAUAGGACAUUGAACGUGAGAGAGAGAGGGAACGGCAACGACUGAGUCUGGAGCAAAUCGAAGCCAAUAGAAGACUUCUUCAUGCAGAGCUCAAAGACAAAGUUAAUCCUCUUGUAUUCAGUAAAGAACAUCAACUUAGAAUGGAACAAAAGCGAGAUCACCUGGACGCAAUGAGAGCGCGGGACAAACGAAUCACCGAUCGCGAACGCCUUCUCUUCAUGGAGAGAAUCGCGGAGGAGAGAAAGCGAAGAUUCAGUGAAAUAGAUUGUCAAGGUGGAAUUAUCAUGCGGCAUCCUUCUCCUCCACAUUUCAGUCACGUAUCGGAUCGAGAGGAGUACGAAAGAGCGAAAAGACUUAAACUCAUGGAGCGUUCAAUUUCUCCGUCCGCUCAGCACUCCAAGCACUUGAGCCCCAGUGCGAAUGCGCUCAAUCUUGAAAGGAAAGACCGACCUCAGAUUACGAGUCCCAAAAACCAUAUAAUGAACUCUUCGCAAGUAAGAGACAAACUGGGUGAAGCUGGUGACGUCAGAGUCAACCGUCCUCUGGAAAACGAACAUUUAAGAAAAGCAGCAAACAGUGUGAUGUUUGAACGGGAUUCUCCGUGGCAUCGUAAUCGCGACCAAGCAAUGAGACCCAAUCAAGCAGUUAUUGAUCGCAAAAGAGCUGAAGCGCACAUGAGUUCUCCCUUACAAGGGCUCAUUGCCUCCAAGGGAGGUCCCCUUACAUCUCAACGAGAGGAAAGUAAAGGUACCGGGAUGGCGAAACGCGAUAGAGUCAACCACUGCUCAGUGUGCAAACGUGAAGCCUCGUUCCUGUGUUCUGGCUGUCAAGCGGCCUGGUACUGCAGCUCCGAGUGUCAGGUAAUUGUUUUGAGGUGAUAAGCAUGUAGAUUCUCUUUGCAGUAUAAUUAGUAAUACAAUUUUCCAACAAGAAAUGUAUAAGGAUCGUCCCAGAUUCCGGAAGGUCUAAGGUUCGGCCUCCUACCUUUUUCUUUUGUCUGACGCCCGUGACAAGUAAGAACAUCUUCCUUUGGUUGAUGAUGUUAUUCAACAAAUUUUUGGUGUUCGCAUUAUUGAUUUCAUUAACCCUGUAACCCGUAAGAGUGACUAACAUCUAAUUCCUCCUUACAAAAUCGCCCCUGAAUCAAACGUUACGGUUAUGAGGAUAAAGGAGAUGAUCACCCGCUAAAGAAACUCUUGAUGGUUGAACAAAUUCUCCUUGUUAGAACCCUAGGAAAUUUCUAGGGAGUAGUAUGGAGAAUAAGCAUGCAGAUAUUAGGGAGUAAAGGGUUAACAAAUAGAUUCCCUUUUGCCGUACGUCUGCUCAGUGAUAGAUGACGUCAAAAUGUGGUAAGAACAGAAAAGUGGCUCACGGGGCGUAUCCGAGUGUAUCACUGAUGUCCCUACCACAUUUUGGCUUCUUUGUGAUCUAUUACUGUACAGACAAACGACAAAAUGAGAUAUUUUUAUUUCAUAUGAGAGAGAAGCAAAACGCUCUAAAUGAUGACGUCCUCCGUGCGUCUGUCCUUCGAUAGAUCAUAAGUAAGAACCAAUCAAAUUGCGUGUAUAAUGCAGCUUAUCGUAGAACAUGGAAUAGUGGCAUGCAGUAAGCUCAUGAAUUUUUUUUUUUAACUUGCAGCUCUCCGCGUGGGGAACUCACAACAGGGAAUGUAAUCAAAAUAAGGGUUCUUAGUUCACUUCAAGUUCCAUAUCUCUUCACCGCAUCUCCUCUGCGCGACUCAACACAGGGAAGUUUUUUUUGGACAUUUCUACGACGGACAGUUCAACUGAUCGUUUAAUGUAUUUACUGCACCUUGUUAUUCUGGAAAAAAAUGAAUGUGUGAGCAAAAAAAAUUGGCUGAAACAAUAGUUGGUUUACAUACACUAAGAAAUUAUGUAAGUUGAAGGGUUAUGGUAACAAGUCGUAGCUUGUGAACAGGCUCCCACUUUUAGUGCGUCGGCACGAGUUUUUUCGCCUGCGGUAAAGUAGAAGGCCUGGGCAACACCAGUCGGCGAGAGGUCUGCAAGGGGUCCAACAGUGAUUUAAAUAGUGCCAGACUCCCAGUAAACCUCUCCUCGACUCGUCUCAAAUCUUCCUGCGGGCGGAAAAACACGCUUUCUUUAGCGCUGAUAACGAGAGCAUGCUCGCAAGCUACUGGCGUCGUAAAAUAAAGUAUUUUAAACAGAGUUUCGGAGACGGUACAAUGAAACAAUGCCUUUGGAAAAUAAGUUUACAUGUGUAUCAAAUUACUUAAAAUACAAUUUAGGCUUAGUAUUUUUGCAAAUCACAAGCCCACUAUCUCCGGUAGUUAGGGCUUUCGAAUUUUUCUGAUUUACGUUGAGAGAAUAACGUAUAAACCGUACUCCAAACAUAGAUUUCUAAUCUUAAAUGCGGUUUCCUUUAGUAAGGCAUUGUUGUACUCAUUCAUUCAUUCUUCAAAGCCCAUGUUUUGUAUAUAGCUUUUUAUGAAUGUAAAAGAAAGGAAUUUGGGUCUCCCCCAAGAUGGCGACCACGAGUUAACGUUGGAGAUGUUAACUUGAGGAAAACUUAAUGACAUUUUUUCACACGAAAUUCACGAGGAGCGAGAUUUUGUUAGAUUUUAUUUAUCUGAAAAAUAGGAGAAAGUAACCCUACGUUGAAAAUGAAGAAGGCAUUGCAAUUUGUCCAAAAGUGUGAUCGGCAGCUUCACCCUCAUUUCAUUUUUCGCGGAUUGUGAUAUCAGUCAUGUAGACGAAGUACGUAUUACUAUGCUUGGAAAUUAGCUCCGCAAUCUCUUUCGCAGACAUUUAUUGCUAUCACGCAAUGUGUCACGCAACUUGGAAGAACUUUUGCAUGACAAAGCAAUAAUUGGCCGCGUAAGAGACUAAGUAUCAUUAGAAAUUCGUCGUAGUAAGGGCUGCUUCCCCGGCGUUUUGAAUAUUGGUGUAAACUAAGAUAUAAAAUGAAUUUCAAAUCUCUAAUUUAAUUUAUGUCAGACAUCUAUUUAUGUAUGUAAAUCUUAAAUUAUGUUGGAUUAGAAGUGUAGAAUUUUUAGUAAAAUGUAUUUAUUUGUGGAUACAAAUCUGUGUCCGUGGAGAUUGUAUAAAGAAAAAAGAUAAAUGUCG